AUGGCUCGUGGCGCAAAGCGUACCCUGGACGAGGUCGCCAACAAGUCCGACUCCGACGACGAGGACUAUAGCGACCACGCUCACUAUUCGCGUUCGACCGGCCGGAAGUCGAAGGCCAGCCCCAAGAAAAAGUCGCGGCCGGCCCCAAAGAAGAGACGGCGCAGCUCGGACGACGCCAUCACCUCGGACGAGGAAGACCUGUCCGAGGAUUUCGACUUCGAUGAGGUGGAAGAAGAAUUGGAGGAGGAAGUUGAACGCAAUGUUAGAGGAACGGCUCGUCGACGAACCACCCAGAGCCGUCGCCCGCACUAUGAGGAACCCGAUUCGGAAGACGAGCUGCUCAACGAUGAUGUUGAAACUCCCGCCAAUUACUUGGCCUUCUCCAAACGUGUAACCCGCCGUACCCGUGACGCUUCCGAGGAUAUCUACGCCCUUACCAACUCUGGUCGUCACGUACACACUGUUGAGCGAGGCACACAUACUCCGGAAGCCGAGAUUCCAUCCCCGUCUCGACGCUUUGCCAGAGCCGACCGCAUGGCCAAGCGCACGAUCAUUGAUGAAGAGGAUGAAGACGCCGAGGGACACGAGGAUGACGAGGAUGUCAUCAACGAAACGACUAUCCAGGGCUCGCAAAUGGAGGAAUUGGAAAGUGACGUGCCUCAGGGCGGCGCUAAAGGUGAUACAUUGCCAGUGAAUGAUGGAGACCACGACCCAGUUGAUGAAGAAAUGCCGGAUGAAGACGUUGUCCCUGAAUCAGAAAAUGGCGAUGCGAAGAACGAUCAUUCCGAAAACACAGAUGAACUCCCAACAACUCGGCGACGAGGCAGGCUCUCCCACGAGCAACCUCUCGAGGAGAAUGCCGCGCAAGACGCUGAGACGAAUGAAGAAUCGCAGCUACGUCGAUCCAGCCGUAAGCAGCCGUCUCGAAGCUCACAGCGCAAAGCCAAAGAUGAAGAAAGUGAUUUCGAGCCAGAGGAGCCAUCGAAUGAUGAGGAGGAAGAAUCGGAGCCUGAAUCGCGUGCCUCUCCUCGUAAAGAAAGUCAAGCUCGCGAGGAAGCCGAGGAUAGCUCUGCCAGUCGGCGCCCUGGCCUGCGUCAACGGCCUUCGCGGACCCGUGCACCCACAGAAGAGGCAGAAGAACUCGCCGAAGAAUUGGAAGACCUUACUGGCCGUACCCGUCGCCGUGCGAAACAAGCGGUCGUGUACGAGAAACCGCGUCGCAACCGAAAGAAUGUUGAUUAUCGUAUCAUUCGACCUGAAAUGCUUCAGCCUAAUGAAGAUACCGACAAUGAAGUGAUCGGGUCUCCAUCCCGACGUGGCCGUGGAGGAGGAGGCUGGCAACGCACUUUGUUCUCCACUUUAGGCCCAUUCGGUGGCGGUGGUAAUUCAGCAAUUCUCGGUGUUCCUGGUGGCCCUACUGCAGUCGGAGGGGCGGACAGCGACAGCAGUGACGACGAAUGUGUCCAACAGCCAAACCGUGCUCCUGGUGUUGGAGUUGCGGUCACACACAACCAGUCGGCUGAUCCUGCUCAGAACUCGGCCGGCACGCCUGCAAACCUUGGCAAAUUCAACAACAAGCAGGCUUUGGCUGAUGCGGAUCCUCUGGGGGUUGACAUGAAUGUCAAUUUUGACCAUGUUGGUGGUCUGCAAGGGCACAUUGACCAGCUGAAAGAAAUGGUUUCUUUGCCGCUUCUGUACCCAGAAAUCUUCCAGCGUUUCAAAAUUACUCCUCCUCGCGGUGUUUUAUUCCAUGGUCCUCCUGGCACCGGAAAGACGCUCAUGGCUCGGGCUUUAGCCAACAGCGUCAGCUCAGAAGGACGCAAGGUCACAUUCUACAUGAGAAAGGGCGCGGAUGCAUUGAGCAAAUGGGUCGGUGAGGCUGAGCGACAACUUCGACUUCUUUUCGAAGAAGCUCGCAAGAACCAGCCCAGUAUCAUCUUCUUUGAUGAAAUUGACGGUUUGGCCCCCGUGCGAUCGAGCAAACAAGAACAAAUUCAUGCCUCGAUUGUCUCGACACUACUUGCUUUGAUGGACGGCAUGGAUGGUCGUGGUCAAGUGGUUGUCAUCGGUGCUACCAAUCGACCUGACUCUGUUGAUCCUGCUCUUCGCCGGCCUGGUCGUUUUGACCGUGAAUUUUAUUUUUCAUUGCCUAAUAUCGAGGCACGUCGUGCUAUUCUCGAUAUUCACACCAAGGAAUGGGAUCCUCCUCUCCCAGACAACAUCAAAGACGAACUGGCGGACAUGACCAAGGGCUAUGGCGGUGCUGACUUACGAGCGCUUUGCACUGAGGCUGCAAUCAAUGCUGUACAAAGAAGAUACCCCCAAAUCUACAAAUCAGACCAAAAGCUCGUGAUUGAUCCAAAGACAAUCGAUGUCGCCCCGAAAGAUUUCAUGCUGGCAAUCAAGAAGAUGGUGCCCUCUUCAGAGCGGUCUACCUCAUCUGGUGCGACUGCCCUCCCUCCGAACAUUGAACCUCUACUUCGUCAUCCAUUGUCCGAAAUCAAAUCUUUGCUGUCCGAGAUCCUUCCACAGCGGAAGAAACUUACUGCUCUCGAAGAGGCUCAAUAUGAAGAGCCUGAUGAUGGUGGAGGCUUCAGCCGAGAGCUCCUUUUGCAGGAGUUUGAUCGCUCGCGUGUUUUCCGGCCCCGACUGCUCCUUCGGGGCCCCCAUGGUAUGGGCCAGCAAUACCUCGCGGCCGCGUUACUGCAUGUGUUUGAGGGCCUGCAUGUGCAGGCCUUCGAUCUCCCCACUCUGCUAAGUGACUCAACCCGCUCCCCAGAGGCAGCUGUCAUCCAACUAUUCACGGAGGUCAAGCGACACAAGCCGAGUGUGAUUUACAUCCCAAACAUUCAGCUGUGGUUCCAGACCGUGGGACCUACCGUCAUUUCUACCUUCAUGGGUCUUUUGCGGUCGGUGCCACCUUCUGAUCCAGUUCUUUUGCUUGGUAUUCUUGAAUCACAAGAAGAGGAAGUGGAUGAGGGUCUACUGAAGAAUAUGUUCGGGUUUUCCAAGAAGAACCUGUUUGAUCUAUCUGCUCCAAAUCAUGACGCGCGUCGCGAAUUCUUUGGCAAGAUCAUUGAAUUCGUGAAGACUCCUCCGAAAGGAUUCCCGAACCCAGAAAAUCGCAAACUUCGUCAGCUGGAACAAUUGGAAGUCGCGCCACCUCCGCCUCCCAAGCCUGAGGCAGAACUCACCAAGGAGGAGAUCAAGGCUCAGAGGAAGAAGGAUUACAUAUCCUUGAACCUUUUGAAAACCCGAAUUCAACCUAUCAUGGAUCAGGUCAAGAGGUAUAAGCGUUUCAGAACGGGCGUGAUCGAUGAAUCUCAAAUCCGAUACUUGUGGGAGGAAGAAAACCCCAACAUUGUUACCAGUGAUCUUCCCCCGGAUCAACAAAAUACCUACCGGCCUUAUGAGAAAGCAUACGACAAACAUGGUGUGUUGGGUCUCCGUGAAACUGCCACCGGGAAGUUCUACUACAACCUGGAGAUUGUGACAAUUGAAAAACGCCUUGCAAACGGAUACUACAAACGCGCCGUCGACUUCGUGGCGGAUAUCAAGCGAAUGGUCAAAGAUGCUCGUCAGACUGGUGACCCGGAACGCAUCCUGCGAUCAAGUGAGCUUUUGACUAAUGUCGAAGUUGAUAUUGCCGGUGUUAUGGUAGCCGAACCAGCUCUUAUGGCAGAAUGUGAACAGGUCUAUCUGCGUGAGAUGGCACGCGAAAAGGAGGCCGCGGAGCGUGAGAAACGUGCGCAGGUGGAGAACGCAGCUCCCAUUUCUGAGCCUACCAAUGUGCCGCACGACAACACUGAAUCAGGCUUAUCGACUGGCCCAGUUCAACACGGCGAAGUGUUCGCCGACAAUGGGGAUGAUAAAAAAGCCGCUUCGCGCCCCGUGACUCCUACAUCCCAGUUCAAGAGUUUCCGCAAUGGAGAUCAUUACGGGGGUGGUUCGGAUCUAAACGAGUUUGGUUCCCAUGCUGUCGGCGCGAGCAAUGGCACCCAUGGAGAUGGAGACGGUGACAUUUUCAUGUCCAAUUCUGAGGAUCACUCGGGUAGCAAGGAUACACAGGGAAGCUCAUUCGGGCCAUCUGCACAGCCCAAGCCUCCUUAUUCCCACACUGCACCUUCUCAGCAGAUUCGUCGAGAAUCCGGUCUUUCCAGCUUUUCUCAGCGAGGCCCCAUGACUCCAAUGGCCCCGGGAUCUCAGCCAGCUGAUUACACCAAUGAGGCAUCCACUACUCAGACGACGUCUGAUAAGAAGUCCUCUGAACAUUUGUCGAAUCAAAACUACCACACUCAAAGCCCUCAUGUCUCAAGAACUGAAUAUCCCGACCUUACUCCAUACCCCGAUCGCGUGUCGCAGGAAGACCACCUGCCCGACACCCAGCAAAACGACAGCAGCCAGCCUUCUCCCCAUCCCCGGGACUCACUGCUUAGCAAUGCAGACACCCAGGAGAACAGUGGUUUGAAUGGAAGCCAGUCGCAGUCGAAGCCACAACCCCCGCUGUUCGAUGCACCCAACAUGCCAGCAACGAGUGCUUCGGCUAACUUGCAAUCGAUUCUGAACGAAGGACCCCAUGAGCCAUUCGUCCUCGAUCUUGAGGUUGUUGAGCGUCUGCACACGCAACUAACCCUGUCAACCAGUGGAUUUUCAGUGGAGCAGCUGGAGCAAAUCAACACCAAUUUGAUGGACUAUGUGUGGCACAUGCGUGGAGAAUGGAACCGUACUCGUGUCGCCGAUGGUCUCGGUAAAACAUACAAUGCAGUCCUGGAAGACAUGCAGGAGAUGCAGGAGAUCGGGCCCAUCAGCCAACAGACCAAGGAUAUCUUGGCCAACCUGAGUUUCCAGUGA